AUUUCGUCGUUCUACCGAUGUUUUGCUUUAGGGUCACGGAUCCACGGCCGUAUUCACGACUGGAGAUAAGGGGAAAGACAAACGACAUCCAAUGGCUUAUUGCUUCAAAGGUUGAGAUUAUAGACAGAGAGAGAGAGAGAACCGAGGCUUUCGCAUUCACGGUGUAACUAAUAUGCGAUCAAAAAGGGACAUGUUUGGGUAUAGCCGGUAUCAUGUAUGACAAAGAUUUCCUUUUCAGUUUGCAUCUUCUGUUUCUUCAUUCUCUAGGUACUUCUAGGGGUUCUCUGGUUGCAUUUAUCCAGACUUUAACUUGCUUACGUCGAUUAUUAAGAGAAAAGGUGGAAAAGACUUGUGUUUGUAUUCCUGCGUCCAAUCCCAGAGGUGCAUGUCUCUUGGUGAUGACCAUGCCAGAUCUCAUGUCAGCUGUGGAGGUUGGAGAUCCUUAUCAUUCUCUAGAUGCGCAAAUAGAACUUCAUUUUUUAUCAAAUCCGUCUCUGAAGCAGUGUCCGUUGGUUUGUUUGAGGCCAGCAUUUCGUGGUCAGAUGUGGCUGAGUCCGCGAGGAUGCGGAACAGCUGCCAGACACUGUCACGGUGGUUCCGCUUUGAGUCGGAGAGGAAGGCGCCAGGGCAACCACAUGUGCUCCUUCCUCUUGAUAAUCCAGCCAAGUUUACCUAUUUAGGUUGGUAGUACCUCAGGCACACUGCAUCACCGUACAGCUUACACCUUCCUCUCCCUUCCUCCAACUCCAAACAAAAAUACGCAAGUCC